AUGCACCUCAAAUCCUCCCCAGCCAACCUCCUCUCCAUCCUCCUCCUCACAACAACACUCUCCACCCCCGCCCUCACAGACGACCUCCCAUGUACAAAAAUCCCCAAUACGCAGCCCUACCAAAACCAACUCUACUUCGAAUCUCGGGACGAGGGUAAAAAUAUUUUCCUGUAAGUCCUCCACUCCCCCCUACCACUGUAUAUCAAUAUCAAAACUAAACCCUCCAUAGCCGAGUCCUAAGAAAAGAUUGCACCGACAACAAGUCAAUAGAUGCCAUACAUCGGGAGAAUGGAAGUCUGAAGCCCGACGAUAUAACGACCAAGGUUGAUGGUCAAGAUGUGCAUUUUCACUGGGUUGACGGAUGGAGGUGGACGUUACCUCCUACUGUCAGAGUCAAUAAUGGGGCUGAGCAGAACACACAAAGUUGUCAGUUGGGUCAUGAUAAUAUACAGAGGUGUUAUGUCCCUUUCUGA